UUCCUUUCCUUUCCUACAUCUUUUCUUCCUUCUCUUCCCUUCGACCAUCCACCCAGGCACAUACAGUUGCCAGGCAGACAUGCACUGUCCUCCGCUGUCUCCUCCGGCCUCACUCGGAGGGCAUCGCACAUUCGAAUUCCUUCCAGAAUCGCUCUGUGCAACAUACCACCUCCGACGUGCUAGUUGGGUUGGCAUUGGACAGAACAUCAGCCAUUGGUCUUUCUCAUACCAUCAGAAGUGUCGACUGAGAUCACAUGUUGUUGCGAGACUGAGGCCCAAGGGGUGCCAAAGGUCCUCCUGUUCGGCUUAGCUAAAGCGCAGGCUCACCAAAGUGCCGUUGGCCAAACACAGUCGGGCACCUACUGCCAGCCGUGUUCCGCCGGCCAGCUUCGGCAACGCAUGACAUGGUGCCAGCACGGCUUGGAAUUGACGGGUCGGGUGCGGCUGAAAAAACAGCAUCUGGUUGGAAGAUAUCUCUAACCGGUGACAAGGGUGUGCAUGUUAGUCGCUUAGGGUUGGUUAGAUGCUUCGUCCUGCUACCCUGCUUCCCUGCUGUCUUGCUACCCUACUACCAAACAGCCUCUCAGCAGACCACAAAGGUGCAUUUCACGCUUGCUCCAGCAUGCCUCACGCUUCAUGCUUUGUUUUCAAUGGAUCAGAAUCACCGUCCCGCUAUAUCCAGCAUGCUGCCAUGACACCACCAUCACCAUGCCCCUCAUUUUCCUGGCUACCCAGAGAUAACCAUCUGGCAUGUCGAAGCGAGCCCACGCGGAUGAUGCGUUGAAGUGAACUAACUCCCUUGUGCGCUCUGCAAUCCAUCUACCAUCCAUUCAAAGCGAAGUCGGUCUCACAAGUUGCUACGUCUGCGAUUUCUUCAUAAACCCUGCCCGCAGUCGCCUCGUCGCCUGAUGGUCUCUUUCCCUUUCCCAUCCCUCCCCUCCUCCCCCCCACGCGUCCUGCCCAAAUCACCACUGCUCGAUUGCUGUGCUUUCAGGCAUUCUUCUGCCUUUGAACCCUAUACUUGUUGAGGGCUGUCCGGACCGACACCUCCAACCCGUGGAUAAGAUCGAUCGACGGUCUGCCCCGAUCACCAAUGGGGCGGCACCGACGGCGGUCUGGCCACCUCCAAGGCACUUUCCCUCUUCCAAGGAUUGAACCCAGCCAGAGUUUUGAUCAAUUCGGAUUGCCCUGGACCCAGCCUCGAUACAAUCAGCCGUCUCACCCUCCGUUUUCGACUCCGACACCGCAGCUUCAUUGGCAGGCUGGGCAACCUCGCGCCUAUGGCUUGGUUGUGGCCGAACACCCAACCACUCCGUCGACCACAGAUGCUCUCAGCCCCGUGAGUACCCGGUCCACGCUUUCUCGCCGUAGUGUGGCGACCUCGACAAGUACAAGCUAUACUGCAGCUUUAGGGCGUGCUCGGAAGUUCUCUCCAGAUGCUGAUGGCACCCCCAGCCCGAGCGCCAGCGUGUCGACAUACCAUCCCGCCCAUGCCGUCGACCAUGCGAGUGACCAGCCCGUGCAUCCAACAGUCAUAGCUCCUGACUACAUGUCGGGAGCUGACAGUGCAAUGACAGAGGCUGUAGUGGGCAUCGACGCUCAUGCUCCCUUGCCCGAGACGGCCCAGUAUCUGUACCAGAGUCCCCAGUUCCAUUCACCGCAAAAUCAAUUGCCAAUCGGGCAACAAAGGUACCCCGGCCAAAGUGAGCCAUGGAGUGGACACCCUUUCCGUCAUGAAAAUCGAUUUCUCAAUAUGGAGCCAAGUCUUCCGGUGCUUCCCAUCCAGGAGUAUCGUCGCACGCUCGUCAUACGUGAAAGAGGAGGCGGCGGUCGGACUGGGCCUCUUAACCCGGCCCAGAGACAACAGACCCGCGAUGUGCGAAAACGGGGCGCUUGCCUCCGCUGUGCAAUCAUGAGGGAAAGGUGCGACUGUGGCAGCCCUUGUGCCAAUUGCUCGAGAAAGGACCGGCGAAAGUGCCCAAAAUACUGUAUUCCAUAUCACUACGACUGGGAUGGUUGUAGGGCCUGCCUCUUUCCUGAUGAGUUGACAUUUCGCCUACGCAAAAGUUAUCUGCACCCGUAUCUUCAGAGCACUUCCACUCCUGUAACCUAUCGACCUUUCCAGAUCCAGUUGAACCUCCACAUCGACAUUCCAUUGGAUGUCUUUGUCAUGGAGUUCUCCCCGCUUGAACCAGAUUUGGAGAUCCGUUAUGCAUUCCAGACAUCCCACCACUCGAAUGGGCAAAGGUCGUUGGACAUACAGCAGAACUGGAAUCCACCAAUCGUCAUGUGGAUUCGGGAUCGCGGAUUCGACGGGACAAUCAUGCAAAUUCGCGGGAAUCUCGUCGAGAUAUUUGACCGAGUAUUGAAUGAUCCGGAUAAGUAUGUCCAGUGGACUGAACAGUACUUCGAGGACGCACACGGAGAUUUCGAGGCCCAAAUUCUACGCCUUAUCGGAAGGUACUACAGAGACGACAUAGCCGAACACUCGGUCCUCCGGGAAUCUCUGCGGCUUUUGUGGUUCGAGUAUCUACUCAUCAACAAAUUCACCAUUCCAGCCGAAGCGGUACCGACCCUUGAAGUCAAUCUCUCAGCGAGAGCGCGCUUUGGCGCUCCACGUCAUCAAAAUGUCAUACCCGAGACGAUCAACCGCUUUCUGAAAGCCUCGAUCCUCCCAGGAGCCGAAAAGGCUGCGGAGCAGCUCCUCAAAAUUCUUCACGAUAAGAUGUUUAAGAUGGCAUUGAGCCAGAAGUCGCCCCAGAGCGACAGGGAUCUGGUGCUGUGUAUGCUUUUGAUCCUGGUGGUAUUCCUUGGCCGGGCCCAGAUCGCCCUGUUCCUCUUCCCCUACAUGCCUCCGACCGAGGACGGUCUGGCGUGCUCCCAGGAACAAGCCCAGGCCAAGAUUGAAGAGAUGGAAGAAAGAGUGUGCGACUAUCUCCUGUCCUUCCACAAGUAUGCCUUGAGCAGAACGGUGGCGACGUCCGGCGAGCAUGAUUCCCCCAGCGAACGCCACGCCCGAGAAUUCGACUUGGAGGGCCAACUGUGGCGCGAGAUCGAGGACCACGGUAAGCGUGAAGCUUGCUCCUCCAGCCGGAAACCCUGGUCUGACCCAGUCGCAGUGAGCGAGAAACCCGACAGGCUGGAGCCGGGUGAGUAUCACUUGAAUACUUUCCGGUAUAUAAAUGUGCGGCGGCUGUGCUGGAAGGUGAUUGAGAAUUUGAACAAGGCACCGGCUGUUAGAUAGCGCGAGGGUAAUGGAAUGAAGGAUCCAGGGUUCACAAUUGGCAGGGCUGACAGUAGUUUCGAAGAGGUUGACAUCUAUUGAGACAGGAAUCUAGACGCAAGGUGAAUGGGUGGAAACUGAAAUCUAUUGAGCCGAAGUCUAUUGAGCAAACGCGCCAUCCAUAUGCGCCAUGGAGCACCUCCCCAAUCGCCUUGUUUGCCUGUGUGAUACAACAGUGGUUGGUGUUGAUGAUAUUGUUACAUUUGAUACAUGCGAUGACGUCAGAGCGUGUUGUCGGGUAUAUGAAAAAUGGCGACGCCCCCCAAGAUG